AUGAACCCCAACGCACCGAGCUUUGGCUUUAACCCCGCUGCGGCCGGCUUUGUUCCGCGCAGCAUGCAGCAGCAGCCGCAGCAGCAGCAGACUUAUGACGCAUACUACAACCAAGGCUUUGCAGGUGCAGGGUUUGGUGGCGAUAUGCAACAGUACCAGGCCCAGGGUUUCAACCAGGGCGGCUUUGUGCCGCAGGAUGCUUCAGCACCAGCGCCCGCGCCUGCGCCUGCACCUGCAUCCAGCACGGGCCCUGCACCUUUGCCGCCUAAGGCAGCGGCAGCCGUGUCGAGCAAGCCGGCCGGCAUGAAGAAAGCCGUGAGUAUUUCUCUUGGUGGUGGUGCGAAGAAGCCCGAGCCCAAGCCCCAGGCCGAGAAGGGGGCCACCGCUACCGCACCCACGCCAGCAGCUGCAGAGAAGAGCGAGCCCAAGCCAGCGGCCGGGACUGGUGCCGCCAAGCCGGCUGAAGCGAAGGGCCAGGCCGGCAAGCAACAGGUCAAGGUCGAGAAGAAGGUGGCUGAGAAGGCCUCUGUUGAUGCAGACAAGGUGCUGCAGGAUGCCAAGAUGGCCACUGAUGAGGAAACGCUCCGUGAUCUGUUCGGUGAGCAAGAAGUGAAGCCGCAUAUGAACGUGGUCUUUGUAGGCCACGUCGACGCAGGCAAGUCGACGAUGGGCGGCAACCUGCUGUACCUGACGGGUAUGGUAGACAAGCGCACGCUGGAUAAGUACGAGCGUGAGGCGAAGGAAAUUGGCCGUGACUCGUGGUACCUGUCGUGGGCGCUGGACUCGACUCAGCAGGAGCGCAGCAAGGGUAAGACGGUCGAGGUGGGUCGUGCCUACUUUGAGACGGAUAAGCGCCGCUACACCCUUCUCGAUGCCCCGGGUCACAAGUCGUACGUGCCUAGUAUGAUUGGCGGUGCGGCCCAGGCGGACGUCGCGAUCCUGGUGAUUUCUGCACGCCGUGGCGAGUUUGAGACGGGUUUCGAGCGCGGUGGUCAGACGCGCGAACAUGCGGUGCUGGUCAAGACGGCGGGUGUGCAGCGCCUGAUUGUGGUGGUAAAUAAGAUGGAUGACCCGAGUGUGAACUGGGACAAGGAGCGCUACGACGAGAUCGUGACCAAGCUCUCGCCCUUCCUCAAGGCGUCGGGCUUCAACCCCAAGACUGACGUCGCGUUCAUUCCGGUAUCGGCCUACUCGGGCGCAAACCUGAAGGACAAAGUCGCGGCCUCAGAUUGCUCGUGGUACGACGGCCCGCCGUUGUUGACGUACCUGGACAGCUUGGACAUGGGCGACCGCAAAAUGUCGGCAUCGCUGAAGAUGCCUGUGAGCGAGAAGUACGCGGAUAUGGGCACGUACGUGGUGGGUAAGCUUGAGAGUGGGCGUAUGAAGAAGGGCGACUCGCUCGUGCUUAUGCCGAACAAGACUCCCGUCGAGGUGCUGGCCAUUUUCAGUGAGGUGGACGAGGAAGUACCGGCGGCUGUGUCGGGCGAUAAUGUGCGUGUGAAGCUCAAAGGUGUGGAGCUGGAAGAGGUGCAGUCCGGCUUCGUGCUCACCGAUCCGAAAGACCCGGUACAUGUCGUGCGCCGCUUUGAGGCCCAGUUGGCCAUCCUAGAGCACCGCAAUAUUAUCUGCGCCGGCUACAGUGCCGUGAUGCAUGCGCACUCGCUGAAUGAGGAGGUGAAUCUGGUCGAGCUGCUGCACUACUACGACAAAAAGACGGGCAAGAAGAGCCGCAAGGGGCCGCAGUUUGCCAAGAAGGGUAUGAAGAUCAUUGCCCUGAUCGAGACGACGGCGCCCGUGUGUCUGGAGCGCUUCAAGGACUACCAGCAGCUCGGUCGCUUCACCCUGCGCGACGAAGGCAAGACCGUGGCGAUUGGCAAGGUCACCAAGCUAAUCACAGACGAGACCCUCGAGAUGGAAAAACUCCAGCUCGGCAACUAG